GAGUCCCAUGCGUUUCUCGCCCGCUGUUCCCGCUUUCGGAUCUAGUCUCCGAAGCUCCUUCUUCUCCUCUUCGAUUCUGAGCGCUCUUUCUGAUCUCCACCACAUCCGUUUUCCGAUCUCUCUCUACUCUUGUUGUCAUUCUCCGUUUGAUAUCCUCUCGCCCUUCUCUUCUUUAGAUCCGCGGGUAUGUGGAUUUGGCUACUCGACCUUUCCGAUUUUUUCGAAUUUUUUUGCCCCCUUUUUCCGGCUUGUCCUCUAAAGACCGAUAAGAUUCAAACUAUAAAAGGCCAUUAUUUGGAACAUUGUUUACUCUUGCAUAUACUUUGCUGAUACAAUGGAAGGUGGAAAGAAAGAUGAGAAAAAUUCAGUCAGUGUCUCAGUUUCAGAUAAUACCACAGUAAACAUCCUUGAUGCUCAAGGUAAAGGUGAAGGGGAAUUGUCAAGUGAACUGAAAUCUUUAAAUGUCAAUGAGGAAUCUCCAAAGGUCCACCAUGAAAAAGAAGGUGAAGGCUCCGAACAGCAGGUGCACGAAAGUCAAAAUCAAGGUGAAUUUUCGAGACAGCAGGUGCAUGCAAGUGAAAAACAAGAUGAAGUCUUGAAACAGGACGUGCUUGAAGGUGAAAAUCGGGGUGAAGUCUUGAAACAUCAAGUGCUUGAAAGUGAAAAACAAGGUGAACCCUUGAAACAGCAGGUGCAGCAAAGUGAAAGUCAAGCUGAAGGCUUGAAAUCUCAGGUGCAUGAAAGUAUAAAUUUAGAUUCUCAGGAUUCAAAAGUAGCAUACCAGAGUACAGAGGAAGUUCUUGCUGAAGAGGAGGCAGAUCCUGUUUUUGAUGGAACAGAGACUCCUGAACUGGAAGCAACCAGGAGUCUAUCGGGUCAAUCUUUGGAACUUGAUCCAGAAGCACAGGGACGUGUGUGGCCUGAAAAAGCUGUUGCACUGAAAAACUUUGUUAAGGAGAAGGGAAUAGUUGCAGUUUCAACCGUUCUUCGCCGGCUUUCUGGCAGAAAGGAUGAAGAUGGGCUUCCCGAUGGUGAUGAGAACAAUGAUAAUUUUACAAAGGACAAUGAUGAGGAAGAGGAUGCUAGCUCAGAUUCUAAACUAAAAGAGGUAUCACAGAAGGGUGGGGAACGAUCUACAUGGAAUCCUCUAAACUAUAUCAAAAUUGGACGUGAAUCAGAUGUUCAAAGCAAACCUGAGCAGGUAGAGCAUGUCCAAAUUGAAAGCUCAGUUGAUGAACCAGUUAUGAAGGGAAGAAUUAUAGUAUACACAAGAUUGGGAUGUCAGGAUUGCAAAAUGGUUAGGUUAUUCAUGCAGCUAAAAAGGCUCAAAUAUGUUGAAAUCAAUAUCGAUAUCUUCCCUAGUAGGAAGAUGGAGUUGGAGAAAAACACUGGAUCUUCAGCUGUUCCUCGGGUGUACUUUAAUGAUUUCCUUGUUGGAGGACUUAGUGAACUGAGGGCCAUGGAUGAGUCUGGGGAGGUUGAUAAGAAGAUAAAAAAUCUUUUCAAUGAGGAACCCUCACCUGCUGCUCCUUUGCCACCAUUGCCUGGUGAAGAUGAUGAGUCUAGUAGUGGGAAGGUUGAUGAGUUGGCCGCUAUAGUUAGAAAGAUGAGAGAAUCAAUUAUUCCUAGGGAUAGAUUCUAUAAGAUGCGAAGAUUUAGCAAUUGUUUUCUUGGGUCUGAGGCCGUGGAUUUCUUGGCAGAGGAUCAGUACUUGGAGAGAGAAGAGGCAGUGGAAUUUGCAAGAAAGCUUGUCAGGGAAAACUUUUUUUGGCAUGUUAUGGAUGAGAAUAUAUUUGAAGAUGGAAACCACUUGUAUCGAUUCUUGGAUCACGAUCCUGUUGUCAUGACUCAAUGCUACAACAUCCCUAGGGGUACAAUUGAUGUACAACCUAAGCCUCUUACAGAAAUAGCAUUGAGGUUAAGAUUUCUUUCCUAUGCAAUUUUUGAAGCAUAUGUAUCUGAAGAUGGUAGACAUGUUGAUUAUGGAAGCAUUUAUGGUUGCGAGGAGUUCAAAAGGUACUUGAGAAUAAUAGAGGAGCUUCAAAGAGUUGAGUUGGAUGGCUUGUCACGGGAAGAAAAGCUUGCUUUCUUCAUAAACCUUUAUAACAUGAUGGCUAUUCAUGCAAUAUUAACAUGGGGUUAUCCUACUCGAGCUUUGGACAGGAGAAAGUUUCUUGGUGAUUUUAAGUAUGUUAUUGGUGGGUGCACCUAUUCGCUGUCAGCUAUCCACAAUGGUAUCUUACGGGGAAAUCAACGGCCACCAUACAAUAUCAUGAGGCCAUUUGGUCCAAGAGACAAACGCUUCAAGGUGGCUCUUCCAUAUCCAGAACCACUGAUUCACUUUGCCCUGGUAUGUGGCACUGGAUCUGGGCCUGCGCUUAGGUGCUACUCACCAGGAAAUAUUGAUAAAGAACUGAUGGAGGCCGCACGUGAUUUUCUGAGGAAUGGAGGGUUAAUUGUUGAUGCUGAAGCAAAGAUUGCUUCCGCAAGCAAGAUCUUGCAGUGGUAUAAAGGGGAUUUUGGGAGGAACGAGUUAGAGGUAUUGAAGCAUGCAGCAAACUACCUGGAGCCAGCAAAGUCAGAGGAGCUGUUAGAGUUGCUUGCAAGCACUCAGUUGAAGGUGACAUAUCAGCCUUAUGACUGGGGUCCGAACUGUUAGGCAUACCCUAAAAUUAUGUAGUUAUAUACACCAGAUGUUGAUGAAGGUACACAUCUUUUUCAGCAGAUCACUAUUUUCUUACUGGCAAUAAUGUUGAAAGAUAGAUUGUAAUAUCUCUCUUCUCACAUCAAGUAAUCAUCUCAUCGAAUCUUCAGGGUACGGUGGUUAAGAUUUUACCAACAUAUGAUAUCAUAGCACUUGAUCAGAGUACCAGGUUUUGGGCAUUGGACAAUACUGAUGGAUUUAUGUUGUUCAUUUUGCUUCUUCCAUCCCUCGGAUUCAUAACAAUGCUUUUCAGCUGCCAAAAAUUCUAAAGCAAGGAAGAUAAAGAUGUCAAAAUUCCUUCAAGAAUAGUGUUCUAAAAAGAGUUCUGAUGCAUCCUCAGGCCCUUUUUCUUUUAUGUUUUUCUGAAGUCGCACUGACGAAUUGAAGCCAUACAUACCUUCAUAUUGAAAUGAAUAUCUCAUUGAGGCACCAUGGUGCUGGAUUGCUUA